AGGAGCUGCCCCCAGCACAGGCUCUAUUAGUAGCAGCAGCGGCACAGGGAGAGAGACACAGCUCACAGCGGCAUACUGUACAUCAGCAUCACUAUGCAGGGCUCUCUGUGUCUGCUGCUGGCACUGAUGCCCUUUGCCAUGCCAGCGCUGCCCUUUGUGGUGUCCCCGGGCUCCUGGUCCUCCCGGGAGAUACCCAGCAACAACAGAGAAGCCAGACUAGCUGCCCGCCUGGCGCUCACCUACCUCAACUACCUCUCCGGCUCUCCCCACCAGCUGCUGGAAGUGGUUGAUGUCAAGAAAGCAGUCCUGAAGUCUGUUCCAGAAAUUGGGAAUAAAUAUUAUGUGGAAUUUACAGCCAGAGUCUCCCAAACUAUGGAAAAUAUUGGACUAUGCACAGCAACAGUUUUCUUCCAACAAGAGAAACCGCGACCUGCCAUUAAUGUCAACUGUUCUAGCAACAAAAUCCAGAAGCAAGCCCGAGACGAGGACUACAAUUUCUACAAGCUGAUGAAGGAACAAACUAUACCUAUUACUGGAGGUCACAUACCUGACAGUUUUGGGUAUAUUGACCCACAAUUUGAACCUGUGUGGAACCUGGCUAUUUUGGGAAGCAGCUACCUUAUAUGGGAAAAGACCACAGAGAACCGAGAAUACAGCAUGGCACAAAUCAGAAGUGUAAAGCAAUUGAUUCGAAAGGAUGAUUUAAUUGCUUUUGACUAUGAUAUCGAUCUUCAUGAAAGACCAUCAGAGGAAAUGGUGCCCUGUAGUCUCCAUGUUGUCUGGAUGUCUGGAAAGUCACCCAAAGUGGACUAUACCUGUACAGAGAAUUCAGAGAAUGGAUCUGGAAACAAAUCAGAGGAAGGAUCAGCUUUCCUGGGGAAUUUUAAAUAAUUAUAGAAUAUCCUAUCAACUAUAACAUUAGGAGUCAGUUAUGAAUAUUCAUGGUGUAAAAAGUUACCACUGUUUGUGAAUUCCAGACUUAUCACAAAAGGUGUGUUGCAAUCAUUAUUAUUUGACAAGCCCAGUAUUAGGUUUAGAUUUGAAAAUACUUAGUAACUUCUACAUUGUUCUCUUCAUCUUUCAAAUGUUGCCAUCACCAUAGUACUAUUUCCAUCUGUCUAUGGUCUAGAACCAAAGGACAAGAUCAGAGGACAACAUGACUUGUACAUACCUGGGUUCUUAUUUCACAUUCCCUAAAUCCCCGUUCUAGUGUAUAUUGAGGGAUAUUUACUAUAGCUGCUACUUGUGCUCAGUAUAAUGUGUGCCUCGGCCACAACUCACUGAUAAGCUGUGGGCAUAGUACAUGGACUGUGUUAUAUAUUUUCAUAGUCAUAGUUUUCCUUACACUUUGAAGACCAAGUGCUUCCUUUACUAUUUAGCGCUUUCUGAAAUCGCAGAGUCUUCAGCGGUUUUUACAAUUUAAUUUAAAAGACAAAUUGUAUUUGAGACACAGUACACCUAGUAUUGAAUAGAAUUGCCACUUUCAAUUUAGCGGCUGAAGAUACGGUUGCUUUGAGAGCACUGCCUAGUAAUUGUAGCCACAAGAACUUAUACACAUGAAAGGUAAUAAUAUGUACACAUACAAGAUGCCACCUGAAAGCCUGGUAAGCGCGUUCUAGACUUUCCGUAUGUCAGUUUCCACAUUGCCAGCAGUGAUCAGAACUGCCAACGCUCAGUAACAUAUAAUUGUGUUGUAGGGAAGCACGCAUUAAUAUGUAUGUAGCACACUAUGCUCCAGGAAAGGAUUUUGAGAACACUCUUUUAAAAGUAAAGAGUAUAAGGUUUUGGCAACAUUUGUAAAAUCCCCAUGUGUAUGAGCCUGACCCUCAUAUUACUUGUAGUCCUCUAGCAUUGGAGAUACAGUCACUCAUAUGUAGGCUAUACUGUACUACUGACCCGUUACACAUGAUGACUGACAAAUGUUAUAGGUACUACUGACUCUCUAUACAGUCAUGUGUAAGCAAUAGAAACAAAAUAGUAAAACAUUUUCAUUACAUGAAAAUUAUGCCUUUUCAUGAUUAAAAUUACGGAAGACUAUUUUACUUGUGUGCAAUGUAUACAUGAUUCAACAGCACAUAGUAAAGUGGGCAACAUCAUUUAAGUCAGGAUAAAAAUCAGAAAUGAACAUUUAGAAUAAAACAUACAGAAUUCCUGUUUCCAGUUUACAGACACUGGUGAAGUUCCAGUGCUGCUUUUACUUACUGUAAGUCACCCAUAUACAGCACGUAUAGUGAUAUUCUGAGAUGCACAAUGAUACAUGUAACCCAGGAGCUUGUGCCAUCAAGGAGGCAGGAGGCCACAUCAUGACGUUACAGCUUUCCUAUCUGUGCAUCCAUGUGUCGAUUUUCUAUUUUUUCUUUACGGCACUAGUGUGUGCAGAUGAUAGCACAGUAUGAUAAACUUCAGGCACAUCUGUACUAACACUGAGCUAAUGAGAAUGACUGCACAAUAAUAGUUUGCACUCACAUGUAUGUACAGUAUAACAAUUAUAUUGUGCAUGUUUCUUUGACUUUGGUCACUAAUGACAUAAAAGUGAAAAGGCCACAAUUGUGCACAUUUUUAUUGCGCACAAGCACAAAGGGACGUGUAAAUAUACUUGCACAAAAAGUUAUUUCAUUGAAUACCACCUGCAAAGUACUGUAAUCACCAACCUUGUCACUAACAUAGGCAGCUUCUCUGAGGCUACCACAUUGUCAUGUUUGCAAUCACUGGUAACUGCCAGAGAGCAAUUUUAUUAAGCAGCUUUAAUGAUUGAGAAACUUAGUUUUUACUUUUAAGCGGCUUAUACCCAGUUACACACAGUUCAGCUGGGGCUGGUAACAUUGAGCAAUGCAAAGUGCCUGGCCUCCAAAAUGUUCACCUAUUGAAUCUGAUCAAGUAUACACUCCUAUUGCCACAUGAAGGAAUAGUUUGAUUUGAAAACGAAUGUGACCUUGAAAAGUACUGUCAUCCAGUUGUUUAAGCAAGCAGCUAAAUCAUUGGACCAGUACAGUCUGGGAUCCUCUAGGUAUGGCAAACAUGCUCACAUAUAAUGUCCGGCACUGGGCCACAGAAUGCAUAGGGACCAAUUGUUUUCCAGGCCUGUAGUUGAAAGGUUAUUUCUCACACCACUCUCUGCUGAAAAAAAAACCCCAGCUUCUUAAGUUCUAACUGUGUACUUGCAAAUGAAUCUGAGGCACUAAAAGUGAUGCACGUACUUGCAUGGGCUGAGUAGGGUUAUAAAUCCCAACUGAUCGAUUGUUAUUCAGUUUUGGUCAGCAUAAGCUAGUUUUUGUUGAGCACAUAAGAAUGGUUAAUAAUAAAGAAUAUAAGUAGGUUUUAUGAGAUCAACACCUGUGUUUAGACAGCCAGCUGUUGUUUGUACUUUAUGUAACCAUGUAUCACUUGUUUAUUGAAAUGUUCCAUUAAUUGUUGUCCAGAAACCACACUUCAUGUAAACCGCCAAAUAGAAAUAUAUGGAAUAAAAGGUCUACUAUUUUAAUUAAAAA